AGUGAGUGUGCGUGUGUGUAAAAGGAGUUGGGCUCCGGUCCAUGCUCCAGGAGGCUUCCAGUUUGGAGUGAGACAGUGAGAGAGACGGGUGUGUUUGCCUCGGCGAGCACCUUACAUGAUGCCCGUGCCAGUGCCUUCUGGCCACGCCCGAUACAGAGUGCCAUGUCUUGUUGUUACAGUAUUUCGACUUCUGAUCAGUGAUUUAGUUGCCCGAGUGUGGUGAAUACGCAGUGUGAGUGAGUGAAUUAAUUCAGUGAAUUAGUGAUAGUUUUUGUGCAAGCAUGAGGAGGAGGGAGACCUUACUGUUGUUGUUGGUGGUGCUAGUGCCAGCAUGGGCAUUCGUGGUCAAGGUGCCCGACACGACGCCCGUAGGACGCCAGGUGUUCAACCUGGGCAUGGACGGACCCGACAGGUACAAGCUGGAUCCGCGGCGAACCGCGAGCUACGUCCACCGCCUGUUCCACGUGGACCUCCACACGGGGGCGGUGACUGUCAAGCGGCGGCUCGAUUGCUCGGGGACCUACUACACCAACCCCGUCACCAUGUGGGUGGAGGCGUGGGCUGAGCGGCACGGGGCGCCCAUGGACUAUGCCGCCGUGCCCCUGCGACUGCUGGUGACGGGCGAGGCUUGCCGCCACCACGCCGCCGUCGUCGAGCGAGAAGUGUCGUCGUGGGUGGACACGACGUCGCUGUCGAUGCCCCUGCCCGACCCCAACCCUUCCGACCCCGACCAGCUGUGUCUGCGGAGGUCGCAGGUGGUGCUGCGCGUGCCUUCCCUGCUACCACGCUCCGUGCACGAGUGCAAGACCGAGCUGGGCGCCGUGUCCGACCACCGCCUAACCAUCGAGCCGCACGGGGGCGACCUGGUCAGCCUCUUCGACACGUGCCUGACGGGCGUGACCACCGCCAGGAUCGGCAUGCACAUGACGUGUCCUGGCCUGGCGGCGCCCUACAGCCACGACCUCAAGCUCGUUCUGCAUAGCGCAUCGGCCUCUGAGGAGGAGGGCCACAUCCGCCGCAUCCGCCGUCAAAUGCAGUCGGCGUCGCUGUACUUCGAGCGCGCCCUGGAGGUGGCGCACGUGGCGGAGGAGGGCGACAAGGGCCUCGCCGUCGCCACCGUCACGGCGACCGACCCCGAGAACGCGCCGCUCACCUACUCCAUCGAGGCGCUGAGGGACGCGCGCUCGCAGCGGAUGUUCGAGAUCAACCCCACGUCUGGCCUCGUGACCUCCGUCGUCAAGCUGGACCGCGAAGAGCUCGGCGUGCACUACUUCCGCGUGAAGGCCGAGGACAAGGCAUCGUCGCCGCCGCGGUCCGCUACGACCACGCUGCAGAUCAACGUGGACGACGCUAACGACCACGCGCCCAUGUUCGAGCGCGAAAAGUACGAGACGUGGACCGUGCGCGAGUCGACGAGCGUGGGCUCCACCAUCCUCACCGUCCGCGCCACCGACGAGGACGAGGGCCCCAACGCCGACCUCAGGUACACCAUCCUGAACCCGACGGGGCCCAACGAGGUCUUCCGGCUGGACCCGAAGUCGGGCGAGCUGACUACUCGGCUGCCGCUGGACCGCGAGCAGCACUCGCGCUACACACUGACCAUCCAGGCGGAGGACCAGGGCCCGGCGCAGAACCGGCUCACGGCCACGACAGAGAUCUCGGUGUCCGUCGUUGACGAGAACGACAACUACCCGCAGUUCAGCGAGCGGACCUACACCGUCGAGGUGCCUGAGAACAUCAGCGCUUCGACGUCGCCGGUUAUCGUCGACAUCCAAGCCACCGACCAGGACAGCGGCAAGAACGGGCAGGUGCGAUAUGCCAUCAUCGGCGGCAAUACGGCCGGGCACUUUACUGUGGACGGCCUGACGGGGCAGGUACGCGUGGCCGCGGCGCUCGACCACGAAACAAACCGACAUUAUCGGCUGGUCGUCCGCGCGCAGGACGGAGGUUCGCCGCCGCGAUCCAACACAACGCAGCUUCUGGUGAACGUCCGCGACGUGAACGACAACGCCCCCAGGUUCUACACGCCGCUCUUCCAGGAGACCGUGCAGGAGAACGUGCCCGUCGGCUAUUCCAUCGUCCGCGUCCAGGCGUUCGACAACGACGCCGGUGACAACGCCCUCCUCACCUACAGCAUCGAGGGAGGCGGCGAGAACCUGCCUGUGGAAGUGGAGGAGACGACGGGCUGGGUUCUGACGCAGCGGGAGCUCGAUCGCGAGGAAAACCACCACUACACCUUCACCGUGGUCGCUAGAGAUCACGGCGACCCCCCGCAGUCCGCCUCCGCCACCGUCGUCCUCCAGAUCCAGGAUCAGAACGACAACGACCCAGUUUUCGAGCCGAAGAACUACGAAGUUACGGUGAGCGAGAGCGACUACCCCGGGACGCCCGUGGUAACCGUUACGGCCACCGACAAGGACGAAAACCCCCGCCUGCACUACGCCAUAACAUCCGGCAACGACCGCGGCCGCUUCUCCAUCACAGCACAGAACGGCCGAGGACUUGUGUCUCUGGCGCAGCCGCUCGACUACAAGCAGGAGAGGAGCUACGUCCUCACGCUGACCGCCACGGACGCCGGAGGACGCUACGACACGGCCACCAUCUACAUCAACGUGAGCGAUGCCAACACCUUUCCGCCGCAGUUCGAAAACACGCCCUAUUCCGCCACCAUCUUCGAGGACGCUCCCGAGGGCAGCACGGUUAUCAUGGUGGCGGCCUCCGACGGCGACACGGGGGAGAACGCUCGCAUCACGUAUUCGCUGAGCGGGGAGGCCGUUCCCGAGUUCGUGAUCCACCCGAGCACGGGCGCCAUUACCACCACCAUGCCGCUGGACCGCGAGGGACAGGGCGGCUACCUCCUUACCGUCACGGCGCGUGACAACGGCACGCCCUCGCUCUCCGACACUACCGACGUGGAGAUCACGGUGGUCGAUGUCAACGACAACGCCCCGGUCUUCAGCAAGCCUGCUUACCGCGCCUCUAUCCAGGAGGACGCGUCCGCUGGGGCCUCCGUCGUCCAGAUCAAGGCCAGUGACGCCGACGCAGGGCUCAACGGCAGGGUCCGCUACUCGUUCGACGGUGGCAACGACGGCAGCGGCGCCUUCUCGCUCGACCCGACGUCGGGGGUGGUGAGGACCGCACGCGUGCUCGACCGGGAGACCGUGGCUGAGUACAACUUGGUGGCCUUAGCGGUGGACAGAGGCGCGCCCGAACGCUCCUCGUCGGUUACAGUCGUUGUCGACGUCGAGGACAUCAACGACAACCCUCCGCUGUUCGACACCGACCGCAUCCAACUGUACAUCGCCGAAAACUCGCCCAUCGGCUCGACGGUCGGCGAGGUUCGAGCCAAGGACCCCGACGCGGGCGCCAACGCCUUCAUCCAGUACAGCAUCAUCGGCGGGCCCGACGCCCAGAACUUCACCAUGGUGGCGCACCCCGCGGAAGGGCGCGCCGAGCUCGUGACUCGCGUGGAGCUCGACUACGAGUCCCCGAAGAAGAAGUACCAGCUGAACGUGCGCGCGACGUCAGCCCCUCUGCGUUCGGACAUCCCCGUCACCAUCCACGUGGUCGACACGAACGACAACGCGCCCAUCCUCUCCGACUUCCGCGUCAUCUUCAACAACUUCAAGAACCACUUCCCCGUCGGGCCCAUCGGCCGCGUGCCCGCCAUGGACGCCGACGUGAUGGACCAGCUCUNGUACCGGAUCAUCAGCGGGAACAAGGCGGGCCUGGUCGAGGUGGACAAGGACAGCGGCGCCAUCAGCCUCUCGCCCUCGCUCAACACCAACGUCCCGAUCCACGCCACCAUGGAGGUCUCGGUCUCAGUUGAUUUGAGGAUAAAGAAUCAGAAGGCUGAGGAGCCACCUGACUUCUCUUCAGCCUUACUGUCACGAGGUUCCGGGAAAGGCACACUGGAAAACUUCACUGUAGCUUAA